CGCCAUGCGACUUCUCCCACCCACUCUCUAGCGACGCGUCUAGAGACCACCGAAACCCACCUCAAACCCUUUGGUGGAGACGUCUGUAUUACCGCAUGUUUACCUCGCAGCUCGCGCUGCUGCAGGUGUUCUUCCUGAUGGUCCCCGAGGGCGUCCGGCCUCAGCCAUCUCCGUCCCCGUCUGGGGCAGUGUCCAUCCAAUCGGACCUGGGGCCAAGGACGCAGGGCGAGACCCUUCAAUCCUCCUCGGAGGUGCCUGGCGUCUCUACAGUGACUCCUACUGUCGUGACUCCCUCGGCGCCUGGGAAUAGGACCGUGGAUCUCUUCCCAGUCUUACCGAUUUGUGUCUGUGACUUGACUCCCGGUGCCUGCGAUAUGAAUUGCUGCUGCGACAGGGACUGCUAUCUUCUCCAUCCCAGGACAGUUUUCUCCUUCUGCCUUCCAGGCAGCGUGAGGUCUUCAAGUUGGGUGUGUGUAGACAACUCUCUUAUCUUCCGAAGUAAUUCCCCGUUUCCUUCAAGAGUUUUCAUGGAUUCAAAUGGAAUUAAGCAGUUUUGUGUCCAUGUGAACAACUCAAAAUUAACCUAUUUCCAGAAGCUCCAAAAGGUCAAUGCAACCAGCUUCCAGGCCCUGGCUACAGAGUUUGGAGGUGAAUCAUUCACUUCAACAUUCCAAACCCAGUCACCACCACCUUUUUACAGGGCUGGGGACCCCAUUCUGACUUACUUCCCCAAGUGGUCUGUAAUAGGCUUGCUGAGGCAACCUGCAGGAGUCGGAGCUGGGGGACUCUGUGCUGAGAGCAAUCCUGCAGGUUUCCUGGAGAGUAAAAGUACAACCUGUGCUCGUUUCUUCAAGAAUCUGGCAGAUAGCUGUACCUUGGAUCCCACCCUCAACGCUGCCUCUUAUCAUAACUUCACAGUCUUGAAGGUUCCAAGAGGUUUGAGUGAUCUGCAGAAUACAAAGUUCCAGGUGCCUGUAACACCUGUCUCACAGGCUGACUCUCCUCUGUUGGCUGGAAACACUUGUCAGAAUGUUGUUUCCCAGGUCAUCUAUGAGAUAGAAACCAAUGGGACAUUUGGAAUCCAGAAAGUCUCCAUCAGUUUUGGGCAAACCAACCUGACUGUUGAGCCAGGCACUUCAUUCCAGCAACACUUCAUCAUUCGCUUCAGGGCUUUUCAACAGAGCACAGCUGCUUCUCUUACUGGUUUUAGAAGUGGGAAUCCUGGCUAUAUUGCUGAGAAGCCACUCCUGGCUCUAACCGGUGAUAGAAGACACUCAAUGACCCUCUUACAGAGCAAGGGUGAUGGAACUUGCUCUAUUAAGAGACAUGAAGUACAAUUUGGAGUGAAUGCUAUAUCUGGAUGCAAACUCAGGCUGAAAAGCAUGGACUGCAGCCACUUGCAGCGGGAGGUUCAUCAGACUCUUCAUGGAAGUCCCAGACCAGAGCACGUUGCCAUCUUUGGUAAUGCUGACCCAGCCCAGAAGGGAGAGUGGACCAGGAUCCUCAGCAGGAACUGCAGUGUUUCAGCUAUGCAUUGUACUUCCUGCUGUGUCAUACCAGUUUCCUUGGAGAUCCAGAUACUGUGGGCAUAUGUAGGCCUCCAGUCCAACCCACAAGCUCAUGUGUCAGGAGCCCGAUUCCUAUACCACUGUCAGCCCAUACAGACAUUCUUCCUGCAGGAUUCCCAACAAGAAACAGAAGUACCUUUGACAACUGUUGUGACCUUUGUGGACAUUACCCAGAAGCCAGAGCCUCCAAGAGGCCAACCCAGAAUGGACUGGAAAUUGCCAUUCGACUUCUUCUUUCCCUUCAAAAUGGUAUUCAGCAGAGGAGUAGACUCUCAAAAAGGCUCAGUCUCUCCCAUUCUUAUCCUGUGUCUCUUACUACUUGGAGUUCUCAACCUAGAGACUAAGUGAAAAAAAGGAGAAGAAGCAGAUUUCAAUUUUUCCCAUGGGAAGUUCAGAGGCACCCUGCUUAUCUUGGCUAAACAGAUCCUCACCUACUCAUGACCAGAGGAGAGCAUUUAGGAAAACAGAGGACCUAAAUGAAGGAGUGGAAUUGCUGGGCAAUACGGUAACUUUAUGUUUAAUCUACUGAGGAACUGCCAAACUACUUUCCAAACUGGCUGCACCACCAGCAGUAUGUGAGGGUUCCAGUUUCUCCACAUCCUUCCCAAUAUUUGUUAUUUUUAUAUUAGGCAUCCUAAUGGGUGUGAAAUGAUAUCUCAUUGUGAUCUACCAUGCCUUUUUAAACUGUAGUGUAUGAGAUCUUACACUAGAAAUGAGCACAUCUGCUCUUCCAAGGCAGGAAUACCGCAAGUAUUCUUUUCCUCUCUACCCCUCUGCUAAUUUGAUUAGCUUGUAAGCUUAGUUUCCAAUUACAAAGCUGCUUAACAUAUCUUAGAUAAGAUUUUAUGAUGUUCGUAUCUCCAGUCACUCCCCUUGUAACAGACCUUUGAAAAACAUUUUUUUUGUUUUUUGCGGUACACAGGCCUCUCACUGUUGUGGCCUCUCCCGUUGCGGGGCACAGGCUCCGGGCGCAGGCUCAGCGGCCAUGACUCAUGGGCCCAGCCGCUCCGCAGCAUGUGGGAUCUUCCCGGACCGGGGCACGAACCCAUGUCCCCUGCAUCGGCAGGUGGACUCUCAACCACUGCGCCACAAGGGAAGCCCUGAAAAACAUUUUUUAAAAUCAUCUAGAGAAUAAUGCAGUGUUCUUCCCUCCCUUUAUUUAUACAGGAGGUCUCUUACUGCACGAGGUCUCUAUUGUAAUAAUGUAUUCAAUUUAAGGAGCAAGUUUUACUGUAAAGGGGUAUGUGCAAUUUGGAUAGAAUGAAAUUGAAAUCCCAGCUGGCCCGUUACAGGUGUGGAGAAACAGGUACUCUCGGAUACUUUUAGUGAGAACAUAAACUGGUAGAAACUUGGAGAGAAGGGCAAAUAGCUAUUUAAUAUGUAUCAAAAGCCUUAAAAAUGUUCACAAACUUUAACCCAACAAUUCCACUUAUUAGACAUUAUGGGGGGGGAUGUCCAACAAUAGGGAAUUAGUUAAGUAAACUAUGAUGUAUCCAUAGAUUGCAAUGUUGUACAACCACCGAAAAUUGAGUAGACCUGGCUUUAUUGCCAUAAGAAAACAUUCAUGAUCUAUUUUUAGUGAAUAAAAUAGGCUACAAAAUAGUACAUAUACUUUAUGGUGCUAUUUUUGUAAAACAAAAAAUAUUUAUACAUAUGUACUUAAACAUCUGGAAAGCUAACAUGUCUAAAAUGGGAUUUUUUUCUUAAUAAUAAGCAUUUCUGAUUUUUAUAAUCAGAGAAAAUAAAACUGUAUUUUAAAGAAAAUAUUUGUUCUCCAGGAAAAACCUCCCUGUUUAUUGUAUAUAGGAAUGUUCCUUAUUUAUGAGUAACUUCCCAUUUCUGUUGAUAUAUUUGCUUGUUUGGCAUUCUGGGCCUGUCUUUUAAAGCAGGGGUUCCUAAAGGCCAGUCACAUCAUAAACUGGGGUUCUUUAAAAAUGCUGAUUCCUCGGCCCUGCAUCUAGAGAUUCUAAUUCACUUGGGGCUCAAAGAAUCUGUAUCUUUUAAAAGCCUUCCUGGUGCUUCUGAUGUUCAGCCUGGUUUGUGAAACUACAAAGUUAUAUUGCAUAGUCUGGCUGAAACUGGUUAAGUGUUUGUCCUAACAUUGCCAACUCACGUAACAUGUCUACCGGCCUAGCCUACUCCCUUUUCUCGGAGAAUCCCCUCCACACAGAGCUCUACUGUGUUGGAGUUACCUGCAUGACCCCUCCUCUCCCUGCCACAGCUGACUAGACCAUAAAUGGAGUCCUGGACCAAGUUAGGCCAGUAAGAUUUUCUCUCUAGGAAUAUGAAACUAGGAUGAAGUCUAAAAGUCAGUGGGGAGGAGGCACUAAAGAUAUUUUAGGGCUGAGGAAGCCAUUUUCCACCAGAUGUUCACUAAUGAAGAGUGUAUCUUAAACGGAGAAAAAAGAAGCAGAUUGCAGACAGAAGUGUAAAUAGGAAACCCAGAAAUGGAGGAGAAUAUUGGUUCCCAACUUCCAGUUCCUUGUACCCACCUGUUAUGACAUCCAAUUUUACCUUCUGCUCUUCUUUACAUUUUACUCUUUCUAGUAAAUUGUUUUGUUUGAAUAAGUUUCUGUUACUAACAAUUAAAGAACCUGAGACUAAGAUAA